AGAAGAAGACACUUCAGAUGAAGAUUAUCAAGAAGAAGACAAAGAAGAUUAAAAAGAAGAAAAUAUUUCCGAAAAAAACCAAAAUUCUAACAAAAAUUUAGAAGAUGCUGAAUUCCAUUAUAGGAAAUUACUUGCAUUGGAAGAAGGUAUAAAUAUAGAAGAUAAAAAUUCAAAAGAAAGUUCAGAAAAUUCAUAAUAAAUAGAAGAAAAUUCAUAAUAAAUAGAAGAAAAUUCAUAAUAAAUAGACUAAAUUUCAUAAUUUACGCAAAAUAAUUCUUUUUAGAUAAAUUCAAGUGAAAAAAAGCCCAAAAUUUUAAAAAGAUUGAAAAGAAAUAAAGACGAAGAAAUUAAAAAAAAUUAAAAGAGGAAGAAAGAAAAAAAGAGAGGAAAAAUUAAAAGAAAAAAAAGCUUUGUUAUAAAAUCCUUUAAUGAGGAAAAUUUUAAAUGAUAUGAUAGAAGAUGAAGCUGAAUUAGGUUCAGAUAAUGAAGAAAAUGAUGAUAAAGUGAAAUAAAUAGAUGAAGAAGAUGAAAGAAAGGAGGCUGGUAUUUAAGAAAACGAAGACUUAGAUGGAGAACUGAAAGAAAUUAUCAAUAAUUAGGUAUAUAUAGACGAUGAAAAUGAAAAAUAUGCCCAAAUGUAAUUCAUGAAAGACAUAAAUAAGAAAGAUAAAGAAGAAAUCGAAAAUAUAAUCAAUGGGAUUUAUAAAGGAAAAUAAAAAAGGAAAUAGUAAGAUGGUUUUUUAGUCGAUGAUGAGAAUUUAUAAAGGGAAAAAAGAAUCGAAAAUGCAAUAAAAAUUUUGGAGGA